AUGUUAUUGGCCAGGAGAGCAAUUCAUACAUGUGUCGCAUGGUAUGGACCUGUGAAAGAUCGAAUUAUACAAAGGCUUCGAGCAGAAUUUAAGCCUACUCAUUUGGAAGUGGAAUGUGAAAGUGAGAACCAUGCAGGUCGGAGGGACGAUGAAAGGCAUUUCUAUGUGCAGAUUGUGUCCAACAAUUUCGAAGGAUUGCAAACCGUACAG